GUGCAUUCCACGGUCAGGUUGCUGGAGUUUGAAUCUUGCCUCUAUUACUUUCUUCAACUUGUUUUAUCUCUGAAAUUGUGUAACACAAGUGAUACAAGAUUUAAGACUUAAGCGUACUAAUACAUGCAAAUGGAUAUUCCUCCUCCAGAAACAACUGUGCCAGUUGGACAUCCCCUUAACUGUCCACCAUCAACAGAACAAGACAUGCAAAUGGAUAUUCCUCACCCAGAAUCAAAUUUGCCAACUCAACCGCCUCCUUACUGUCCCCCACCAGCACCACCAGGAAUACACUGGAUGCCAAUGCUACCACCUUCACUGAACUGCCCACCUGGACUGGAAUAUUUAAGUCAGAUAGAUCUGGCUCUGGUUCACCAGAGAAUUGAACUUCUGGAAAUCUUAAUAGGCAUUGAAACUAAUAACAAAUAUGAAAUUAAGAACAGACUAGGACAGAAAGUUUACUUGGCAGUGGAAGAUACUAAUAUAUUAAUCCAAAAUUUCUGUGGAAAAUAUAGGCCUUUUACUCUGAGGAUUCUUGAUAAUUUGGGCCGAGAAGUCAUAACUAUGGAGAGACCACUGAGAUGUAACCUCUGCUGUUUCCCAUGUUGCCUUCAGGAGGUCAAAAUCCAGGCUCCUCCUGGUGUUCCAAUAGGUUAUGUUAUUCAGAAGUGGGACCUCUUCAAGCAGAAGUUUACUGUUCAAAAUGAAGAGCGAAAGGAUAUACUAAAAAUUGUUGGCAUUUGUGUUACAUGGACAUUUUGUUCAGAUAUUGAUUUUAAGAUUACAUCACUUGAUGAAAAAUCUGUAGUUGGCAAGAUUUCUAAGCACUGGGCUGGCUUUAUCCGAGAGAUAUUCACAGAUGCUGAUAACUUUGGGACCCAGUUUCCUGCAGACCUUGACGUGAAGAUGAAAGCUGUGAUGCUUGGUGCAUGUUUCCUCAUCGACUUCAUAUAUUUUGAAAAGAAGAAUUGUGGAUGUCUCUUUAAGUGGAUUUAAACUACAACUGAUCCACACAGUUUCUUUUCUUCAACUCUGCAAAGAAGAUUUGUUAGAAACCCACACAGUACAAUCAGAGACUAAGUUCAAAUA